AUGGCUGUUCGACGGGCUCGCGAAAGGACAUUCCUCCUCACGCUUUUCUUUGUUUUGUUCAUGACGGUCUCUUCUUUAAAACAUGAGUAUAGUCUCGGGAAUAUUGAGGACAUCGUCAAGCGAAUUGAAAAUCAACCAAGCGUAUUUGCAAACUUCGUUUCAACUGUAAAGCGGAUCCGAUCCCCGAAGAAUUACGAGAAUCCGAAAGUCGUGGAUGAUCCCCGAUUUGGAGGAUCGACCGGCAAGGAUACUCCGAAGAUAUAUCGCCCUUAUCCAGAUUAUGAUAGCUUGGAAUGGCAAGCCAAACACCGUGCGCCCUUUGUUGCUUGCCUCGGACCGAGAAACAAGCUACUGAACGAGAGUUUGGAUGACCAGGUCGGGGUUUAUGUUGGCACCCCUCAAGGGUUUCCACGCCCUAUGCUUGGCUCCUACGAUGCUGUUGGACUUGAUGGACAUGUUUCCUUCGACCGAUACACGCGGUACGGUGCCUAUGGGUUGGGAGAGGAUGAAGAGUCUGUUCCACAUUGGAUAAAACCAGCCAAGGUGAACUGGAAUCAGGUCAAAUGGGGCGAACUGCAGAAGCAAUGUGUUCAACAGAACGCAAACAGAUUCGUGAAGGAAGCUGCUACCGAUGCAGGCUCCGAGAUCCCGCACCCGGACCUUCCGGUUGAGGAGCGCAGCGCUGUCCUUCUUCGCACAUAUAUCGGGAAAAAAUAUUUUGAAAACGACUUGCAAGUUAUCCGCUCCAUGGUCACGGAACUUGCUCUUCAGACUGGUGGUCAAUAUCAAGUUUUUUUGCUACUUCAUGUGAAAGAUGAGAGUCUGGACAUCACACAAGAAGAGGUGCAUCAAACGGUUCUUGAAGAGAAUAUUCCCCGGGAGUUCUGGGAUAUGACAGUCCUGUGGAACACUCCUAUGGUGACCGAACGUUACACAGGUCUUGAUCCCUCUGUUACCGAUGUUCACCAUGCGCAGUGGCUUCCCCUUCAGUGGUUUAUGCGGGAGCAUCCUGAAUUCGAACAUUUCUGGAACUGGGAAGUCGACACACGUUUUACGGGUCACCAUUAUGAGUAUGUGGACAAAAUGGCAGCCUUUGCUCGCAGGCAGCCACGCCGCGGAUUAUCGGAACGCAAUGCUAGGUUCUACAUUCCCGAAGUCCACGGUGAUUACGAGACCGAGUACCGAGACUACGUGAAUCGAAAUGAACCCGACGGAGUAUGGGGCCCAGCGGCAGUGGCUGGUCCAGAUCUCAAGAUCCAAGUAUAUGGACCCACGACACCGACGCUAUUUCCAAGAGACGAUAACUUCGAAUGGGGGAUUGGCGAAGAGGCUGAUUUUAUUUCCUUCCUUCCCAUAUUCCAUCCCACUGGUACGGGAUGGGUCUUUCGGAACGAAGUGUUUGGCUACGAGCUGAUGCAAGAGCUUCCAAAACGAUACCUUCCACGACGGGCUUGUUUGAUCACACAUUCGAGGAUUUCCCGUCGCUUACUCACAGCCCUGGACGAAGAGAACCUUUUAGGUCGGCACAUGAGCUCGGAACUAUUCCCAGUAUCAGCAGCUCUCCACCAUGGCCUGAAGGCCGUAAGCGCUCCUCAUCCAAUCUUUUCCGAGCGGCCCUUGCCUCCAGAGGAUGUCGAUUUCAUAUUCAAUCCAGGCACCAAUGGCAGAACGGGAAGCACGAGACUUAGCCCAUUCUCCUGGGGCCGAGAGGCUUUAUUCCUUCAUACAUCAUGGUAUUACCGCGCGAAUCUUCCUGGCCGGCUCUACUGGAAUUUCCUUGGAUGGGAAAAGGGGGGAACUGGAGGAAAGGAGUAUGAGCGCCGUCACGGGCGCGUCUGUCUUCCGUCCAUCCUUUUCCACCCAGUUAAAGACGUUAGCCCAGACGCCGACAGUAUGGGUUAUGAAUUCGAAUACAUUGGCUAG